AUGUCUGAAAACCUUAUAAAUUCCAUUCAUGCUUGCAGUAAGCUAAAACAUGUUAGAGAGAAUUUAAAUACCACAAAGUGUACGAGCGAAGGUAAUUUCGCCUCAUCGUUAGAUCUGAAUCAUGAGUCAGAAACUUUUCUUAGACCUGCAAAAUCGUUCUCCCAUGAGUGGGUUAAAAAAUUACAAAAGCAAUGGGAAAAUGAGGUAGAUCCCAACGUUCUUUUUAAUUUUCCCAAAAGUGUAUCUCGUACAAACUUGCAAUUUCGCAGACAAGGACUGGAAGGUCAUAUCAUAGACUACAAAGAAAUCUCUGAAGACGUUGCUGAUUUAAAUGCAAAAAAUUCUUCUAGCUUUUUGAGAAAACCAGCCUCUAAAAGCGAAUUUGUACGAGGUAGUACCAAUAAUAUACCAUUCUUGACUGAUGAUCCUGACAAUCCCCAGGACAUCGCUGCCCCUAAGCCAGUGCAAAUGGCCUUAAAAGGAGAAGAUGGUUUGUAUCAAGUCCCUCCCGGAUUUUCUAGAGGUUUGGUUAUGAAUAAAUCCGUUGAAGGGAAUAACUUGAAUGAUGAAUUCAAUCCUGAUACUUGGGAGACAAAACAAGUGCGCCCUUCUAUGCAGAAAUUUAGUACUCUUAAUGAACUAAAUGAACACCUGAAAAGCAUUAACUCAAAACAUACCGAAAUCGACGAUUUACUUCCCGACAAGAGCACCAUCGUUGCCCUUCCUUCUUCAAGCGGCAACGUCUCCAAACGAAAAGAAUAUGCUCAUGUUGUUGACAGCAAUGCAACCAUCAAUAACUUUCACCAACUGGUACCUGAGAUGGCGCUCGACUUUCCUUUUGAACUAGACAACUUUCAGAAAGAGGCUGUAUAUCAUCUGGAAAUGGGCGACUCCGUUUUUGUGGCUGCUCAUACGAGUGCAGGAAAGACCGUUGUAGCUGAAUAUGCAAUUGCGCUCGCCCAAAAGCACAUGACCAAAGCCAUUUACACCUCACCCAUUAAAGCACUCUCAAAUCAGAAGUUUAGAGACUUUAAGCAAAAAUUUGAAGAUGUAGGUAUCCUUACAGGAGAUGUGCAAGUCAAUCCAGAAGCAUCGUGCCUAAUCAUGACUACGGAAAUUUUACGAAGCAUGUUGUAUCGUGGUGCCGAUUUGAUCCGUGAUGUCGAGUUUGUUGUUUUUGAUGAAGUUCACUAUGUUAAUGAUUUGGAAAGAGGGGUUGUUUGGGAAGAAGUUAUUAUUAUGCUUCCUCCUCAUAUUACUGUAAUCCUUCUUUCUGCUACGGUCCCAAAUACAAAGGAAUUUGCUUCAUGGGUCGGCCGUACUAAGAAGAAAAAUAUUUAUGUGAUAUCUACUUCCAAGCGACCAGUUCCUCUUGAGCAUUACUUAUGGGUCAAGAAUAACGUCCAUAAGGUAGUGGACCAACAUGGCCGGUUCCUAAUGGAUGGAUACAAAUCUGCGAGUGAUGCCCUUAAAAAGCCGGAUAAGAUUUUACCUCCUUCAAAUAACAACAAUGCUAGAGGUCGUGGCGGAGCACCUCGUGACCGAGGUGCUCAAGUUAACUUGAUGCGUGGAAGAGGCAAUGUCAAGUCAGUUGAACGACGAGAUGCAAAUACUUGGGUACACUUAGCUGGCCACCUCCAGAAAAACAAGUUAUUACCAGUUAUUAUCUUCGUUUUUUCAAAAAAACGCUGCGAAGAAUACGUUGACACUUUAUCGAAUAGGGAUUUGAAUAAUCACCAGGAAAAAAGUGAAGUUCACAUUGUCAUUGAAAAGGCUGUAGCCCGGUUGAAGAAGGAAGACAGAACACUUCCGCAGAUUGGUCGUAUGCGUGAGAUGCUUUCUAGGGGUCUUGCGGUACACCAUGGCGGUUUAUUACCCAUUGUCAAAGAAAUAGUUGAACUUUUGUUUCAACGGGGACUUGUAAAAAUACUAUUUGCAACGGAAACAUUUGCGAUGGGUGUUAAUAUGCCUGCUCGAUCUGUUGUGUUCUCCGGCGUCCAGAAACAUGAUGGGCGCAGUUUCCGCGAGCUUUUACCGGGCGAAUAUACUCAAUGUUCAGGUCGAGCUGGAAGACGUGGUUUGGAUGUUACCGGAACUGUGAUUAUUUUAUCUCGAGCUGAAUUGCCAGACACAGCCAGUCUACGACACAUGAUCCUUGGUCCUUCGACAAAACUAAUCAGUCAGUUCAGAUUAACAUAUAAUAUGGUCCUAAAUCUGCUUCGUGUUGAAACAUUGAGGAUCGAGGACAUGAUCAAACGAAGUUUUAGUGAAAACGCAAAUCAGUCACUGAUGCCGCAACAUGAGGCCGAAAUCAAAUCAAAUGAAGAGAAGCUUUCAAUACUUAAGAAAGAGCUCAACGAUAUAGACAUACAAAAGAUGAAGGAGUGCAUUUAUCACAGUGAAGAUUUCAAAGCAUACACUAGGAAAUUGCAUUUGAAAGCUAUUUCUACAGCUACAGGUAGACGCGUCUUUCGUGAUGGGAGAUUAAUUGUCUAUCAGCAACCCGAUAAUACUCGUAGCAUCGGCGUGCUAUUAGGAACAGCGACGCGUACUACCACUGCAGAUUGUACCUUAGAAGUUGCUUAUUUGACACCUCAAAAUGCUAUGAAACGCCCUUCAGAUUUACUGCCUUUUGCAGAACCAUUCAUGGGUGUAAUAGACGGUUCAUUAUUCGAGAGUCAAUUUAAGUUUGGACUUGUUAGUCUUUCAAGUGUUGAGCGUGUAUGUACAACCGUUCUACGUAUCGAUUGCGGAGGUGUACGUGACCGUCGAGGUGGAGCUUUUAGAAGAUUGGGCGAUCAACUAGCUUCAGUUAAGGGAUUUAAUGAUCCUGUUUUCGAUGAAGCAGAUUGGAGCAAAGUGAAAGAUUUCGAUUUCUGCGAAGCUCAGGAGAAGCGAACAUUUGUUGGACAGAAACUUUUGUCUUAUGAGCCGUUGCUUCAAAAUAACUUCGUCACACAAUACGCACUAUGCUUCCAAGAAUACGAUUUGGAAAAUAAUAUCAGAAAUCUGCGGGAGUUUAUUUCUGACCAAAACCUUGAACUUCUUCCUGAUUACGAACAGAGAAUUCGGGUACUUCAGGAGCUUCAAUAUGUUGAUGAAAAUAAAACGGUUUUGUUGAAGGGCCGGGUUGCUUGUGAGAUUAACUCCACUAGUGAACUGGUGUUAACAGAAUUAAUUCUGGAAAAUACUUUGGGUGAGUUUUCUUGUGAGGAGACUAUAGCUUUGCUUUCUGCGUUUGUUUUUGAUGAAAAGACGGAUGUUGAGCCAAAUAUUUCUUCUCACUUACAAGCUGGUAAAGAUAUGAUUCUCCAGGUUGCUGAGCGAGUCAAUCGCAUCCAGGAAAAGCAUCAAGUGUUAUAUUUUAAUGAGGGAAAUGAUUUUGAAUCGCAACCGCGAUUUGGUUUGAUGGAAGUGUGUUAUGAAUGGGCAAGAGGUAUGUCAUUUAAUCGAAUCACCGAUUUGACAGAUAUUUUGGAAGGCUCCAUUGUUCGAACAAUCAUUCGCCUGGAUGAAGUUCUCCGAGAAUGCCGAGGUGCAGCCCGUGUUGUAGGCGAUGCUUCGAUGUAUUCUAAAAUGGAAGAAUGUCAAAAUCUCAUCCGGCGUAAUAUUGUCUUUUGCCCCUCCUUGUAUAUGUAA